CGUAGUUUUGCUUUUGGGUGUUCCCGCUCUUCACCGUGGGGGUCUCACCGAGGUCGCUGCUCAUUUUCAUCGUGGUUCACCUACAGCUGCCGGAGAACAGGGCCGGAGGACCUGCACACAGGUAAUGUACAAAAAGUAGCUGAGAGUGUCAACCCAGAACGCAGCAAUGGAUACCAGAUUCACUUGUGACGAGGACAGUGACAUGUCAUAUGAAGACCGUGAUUCCGAAUUCCUCCCCUCCCCACUGAGAAUGAGGACUCCAGCGGACCGUGGUGAUGUGGAGAACGCGAGGAACGUGGAUGAUACGCCCCUUGAAACAUACAUUAUUCCCCGCGAUUCAGGAGCAAACCUCAACCUGAACACCAACGCCACCACCAGAGGUGACGCUCAGGCAUACGUUGAAUUGAACGAGCUCCGGGGAAACACCUGGCAGGAGACGGGCCGCUGGGUGGGCUUUGAGGAGAAUUUCAAUGCCGCCACGGGGAAGUGGGGUGCUUCGCACACAUCCUACCUGACCUUCAAGAGUCUCAUCCAGCUUCGCAAGACUAUGAGCACAGGUGCUAUCAUCUUUGACCUCAACGCCAGUAGUUUGUCAUCUAUCGCCGAGAAGGUGGUGGACGCGCUCGUCAACAAGAAUGAGAUCCGAGCUAGCGAUCGGGAUUCUUUGCUGAGAGCCCUCCUCAUGCAACGCAGUCAGUCUCAGAGACCUGCGGUGUCCCCCUCAGGAGACAUCGAAAUGCAGACCUUCUCUGUUUCUACAAAGAGGGACAACUCUGACAACAUGGAAGCCUCCAUCGUCCUCUCAGGUGCCCUGGAUCUUCUGGAGAAGCCGGUGGUGGCUUUCGUCCGGCUGAGAGACUCCGUGGUGAUGGAUUCUGCGAUGGAAUGUUCUGUCCCCGUGCGCUUUGUGUUUGUCCUGGUGGGCCCGAGCCAGAGCGGCAUGGACUACAGCGAGAGCGGUCGCGCGAUGGGCGCUCUGAUGGCUGACUGGGUGUUCUGUCUGGAGGCUUUCCUGGCGCAGACCGACCAGGAUCUGACCAACGCCAUUGCCGACUUCAUGGAUUGCAGUAUCGUCAUCCCCCCCACGGAGAUCCAAGACCUGGGGAUGCUGGAGCCCGUCAUCAAGUUCCAGAAGAAGAUGCUGCAGGAUCGACUGCGCCCCAGCGACAAUCGUCUGGCCUUUGGUGACAGAAUUAAAGUUACGAAACCCCCGGAGCCGCCAAGAGAAGACCCCCUGGCCCGCACUGGGUAUCCUUUUGGCGGUAUGAUCAAAGACAUCAAGCGUCGAUACCGCCACUACGUCAGCGACUACACGGAUGCCCUCAACCCUCAAGUCAUGGCCGCCAUCAUCUUCAUCUACUUUGCCGCCCUGUCGCCAGCCAUCACCUUCGGAGGACUUUUAGCCGAUAAAUCCGAGAAGAUGAUGGGUGUGUCAGAGCUGAUGAUCUCCACGAGCAUCCAGGGCAUCAUUUUCUGCAUCUUCGCCGCGCAGCCCGUCCUGGUGCUCGGUUUUUCCGGACCACUGUUGCUCUUUGAAGAGGCUUUUUACACUUUUUGCAAAGCCAGGGGGCUUGAAUACAUUGUGGGUCGCGUCUGGGUGGGCAUGUGGCUCAUCGUGAUUGUGGUGAUCAUCGUGGCGGUGGAAGGCAGUUUCCUGGUGCGCUACAUCUCCCGCUUCACCCAGGAAAUCUUCUCCAUCCUCAUCUCGCUCAUCUUCAUCUACGAGACCUUCAGUAAACUCUUUAAGAUCUUCAAGAACCAUCCUUUGUCGCUGAACUACAAAACACUGAACGCAACCCUGGAGAGGCCCUUUCACACCAUCUACAACAAGACUUCCAACGGCACCGUUGUCAUCCAGAACGUGCCAGUCCAGGGUCCCUUCCCCAACACCGCGCUGUUAUCCCUGUGCCUGAUGUUGGGCUGCUUCUUCAUCGCCUACUUCCUGCGCCAGUUCAAGAAUGGCACUUACCUGCCGGGUUGGCUGCGACGCCUGAUUGGAGAUUUUGGGGUCCCCAUCGCCAUUUUUGCCAUGGUUGCUGUGGAUGUCAGUAUUGACGACACUUACACUCAGAAACUGGUCGUGCCAAAAGGUGUCCAGGUGACUAACCCCGCCGCCCGUGGCUGGUUUAUCAACCCUAUGGGGUCCCCUUCCCAUGAGGCCUUCCCCGUUUGGAUGAUGGCCGCCUCCUGCGUACCGGCACUGCUUGUCUUUAUCCUCAUCUUCCUCGAGUCACAGAUUACCACGCUGAUUGUUAGCAAACCGGAGAGGAAGAUGGUUAAAGGUUCCGGUUUUCAUUUCGACCUGCUCCUCCUGGUCACCAUGGGUGGCAUCUCAUCUAUUUUUGGGGUUCCCUGGCUGAGCGCCGCCACGGUGCGCUCCGUCACGCACGCCAAUGCUCUCACCGUCAUGUCCAAGGGCCCCAAACCCGAGAUCGAGAAGGUGGUGGAGCAACGGAUCAGCGGCAUUCUAGUCGCCAUCUUGGUUGGUGUCUCUAUUUACAUGGAGCCCUUACUGAAGAUGAUCCCCAUGACGGCCCUGUUCGGAAUCUUCCUUUACAUGGGUGUCACUUCUUUGAGCGGAAUCCAAAUGUGGGAUCGGAUGCUUCUGUUGAUUACACCCAAAAAAUACCACCCGUCCGACGCCUAUGCCACCAAGGUGUCGACGAUGCGCAUGCACCUUUUCACGCUGAUCCAGCUGGUGUGUUUGGCUGUGCUCUGGGUGGUGAAGAUGAGCCCCUUCUCCCUGGCACUGCCCUUCAUCCUGCUGCUCACUGUGCCACUGCGCAUGUUCAUGACUGGCACGCUCUUCACGAACCUGGAAAUGAAAUGUCUGGAUGCGGAUGAUGCUAAGGUGAAGAUUGAGGAAGACAUUGGUGAGGAUGCAUACACUGAGUCCCCACUUCCAUGAGUGAAAACAACCUCAAUUCAAAAGAAUAGCCACUGAUUCAUUUAUUUUUAUUUUUUGGGAGUGGGGGGCGGGGGGUAUCUUUCAAAACUCACUAUUUCAAGCUUCAUCCUAUCAUGCAGCAUAACUUGGGCAUUACUUUGGUUCACCAUUGCAAGUGAUACAAAUGGCAUUGGUUCUUUUAGAUGUAGAUUUUUCUCUCACAUGUAUUUUAUUUGUUAUCCUUUGAAAGGUGAUAUAAAAUGAAUUAUAUGUAUUGUUUUUAAUUGAAGUGAGCAGGAUAUUUAUUAUUCACAAAUUCACAUAUGAAGUUACUUUUUUUUUUUUUUGCUUUGUGUUGCUGGUUGGUCAAGUUGUCAUUUAAGGGUAUUUUCUGUCAAGUCCAAAAAUUUAGCAUUGUAUUUUAGACAUACCCUGUUGUAUCUGAAGUGAAUGAAUGUUUUUGACAGAGAACAUUAAUAUGUGAAAGUUUUGCUUCUCUCUGUCUGUACAUGCAUAGGAUUUAACAUGAAUAAACUGAUAAAUGUUUUCCCGA